AUGAAAAAAAUUCUUCAAGGAAAUGGAAGGUCACUGAAAGAAUUUCCAUGUUUGCCAUAUCCUAAAUUUACUGAAGCGUAUAAUUUUGAAAAUAGAUUCGUUGCAGAUGAGUUGAAUUACAAUAAAGAUGAAAUGCUUAAGAUUCAUGAAGAAUUGGUUUGUUGCCUUACUUUAGAGCAAGAGGGAGUUUAUAAAAAUGUUUUGAAUGUUGUAUUAUCUGAUAAUGGGGGAUUCUUUUUUCUAUAUGGUUUUGGAGGAACUGGAAAAACAUAUGUUUGGAACACCUUAUCUGCUGCUUUGCGUUCAAGGGGCCUUAUUGUGUUAAAUGUCGCAUCCAGCGGAAUAGCAUCGCUGUUGUUACCCGGAGGUAGAACUGUUCAUUUCAGGUUCUCUAUUCCUAUUUCAAUAAAUGAGAUAUCAACCUGUAAUCUUCGUCAAGGUUCCCCAAAAGCUGAAUUAUUGAAAAAAGCAAGCCUAAUUAUUUGGGAUGAGGCACCUAUGUUGAACAAACAUUGCUUUGAAGCUUUGGACAGAUCUCUAAAUGACAUUAUGAAGACUAGAUCUAUUUAUGGUUAUGACAUUCCAUUCGGAGGAAAAGUUGUGGUAAUGAAAUUAACUGUUAAUAUAAGAUUGCAAAAUGCUAACUCAUCUUCUUCAUCAGCAGAAAUGAAAGAGUUUGCUGAUUGGUUGCUUCAAGUGGGAGACGGAACAGUUACAACCAUUCGUGAAGCCGAAUCACUCAUUGAGAUUCCUCCCGAUCUUCUUAUUGAACCGUGUAAGGAUCCCUUACUUGAAAUAGUAAAUUUUUCAUAUCCGAAACUUUUGUUUAAUUUGGAAAGAAAUUCAUUCUUCCAAGAAAGAGCAAUCCUUGCACCAACACUUGAAAGUGUAGAGGAAAUCAACAACUUUAUGUUAGCUAUGAUUCUUGGUGAGGAAACAGAGUAUUUGAGUUGUGAUACUCCAUGCAAGUCCGAUGAAGAUUCGGGUGUCAAUGCGGAAUGUAUAAAUAAAUGUCAAGCAGCUUAUUGGUCAUCUAACUUGAAGGAUUAUUCCGUUGCUAUAAGGUUAUGUUGCUCAAAUAUUGAAUUGGUAGCAAAAUUCAACUUCAAGUCUGAAGUCAUUAUCACUGAACAUGGACAACAAGUUCUAUUAAGCGAUCAUGUUGUUGACAUUUUUGUGAUUUUUUAA